AUGGAAACAAUGAAGGCUCAGCAAGCAGCAAUCGAUGAGCAAACAAGGCAGGCUACCGUACUGAUACAGAGAGCCUAUCAAGCUAUUAAUCAGCAACCAGCUGCUGCGUCUAGUAUCCCACUAGGAGGUGUACGGGGUGAUGUGCGGUGUAGGGUAUUCCCUGCUACCCUUUCGAAAGUCGUACACCAGUGGUACUUCAAGCUACCAACAGGGAGAUUUAAUUCAUGGAAAGCUUUUUCCUCAGAAUUCCAUGCGCAGUUCUCCUCUUCUCGUCAACUCCCAUUACAUCUAGAAGACCUGGUUGAAGUAAAACAAAGACCAGGAGGGCCCCUCAGAGCCUACAUAAGCUCGUUCAUGACAAACGUUAUGAAAGUAGCAGGAUUAAUUGAAGAGGGGAGGCUGGCCGCCAUACUGGGGGUCAUCGAGGUACUCAGGGAACUGUGGAAGGACACUAACAGAUGUGGCCGCGUGGGGUCUAUGGCAGAGUUUCUGGACCGAGCAGAUGAGUUUAUCAAGCUUGAAGAGGCCAUUUAG